AAAUCAGGCGGGAUUCAGUCUCAUUUCGCCGCCCGUCUAGUUGUCUCGUACGUUUGUGACAUAAACGUAUAUCGUAAAUAUCGUCGGUAACGCAGGGUACUGUAUUCUGUCACGUUUGUUUACGUCGAUUAUUGUCACGUCAUUUUUCCUCCUCGUCGUGUGUGAGUAGACUUGCGGAGAAUGGAAAUAACGGAAUUGCGCUCGCGUGAGCGGUAAAUAAUUUUUCGACAGGUGUCAUGAGUUCAUGACGUGACACACGUGUCGAAUCGCUAUGGAGUAAAACGUCAAAUGUGCGAAUAGGUCGAAUAGACACAAACACACACGUACAUACAUACACUUUCGGCUGACAGAAUUUUUAGUUAAAAAAAAAUGGCCCAUGUUAAUCAAGGUCAAGGAAUCGGGGAGGUCGGAUUGGAUUAUUUAACGAAGUUUCACAAUAUUUCGAACAAGCUGAAGAAACGAUUUCUGAGGAAGCCGAACGUCGCCGAGGCAUGCGAUCAAUUUAGUGCCUUAGCUACCGAAUGCGAGCAAAAGGAAUUAUGGCAGUACGCAGGCCUGUGCUGGUUGGCGGCCGCUAGAUGCCAAGGCACAUUGGAAAAUGUCUCGUCGGAGAUAAAUCUUCUAGUAAAAGCGGGAAGGCAAUUUCUUACGGCCGAGAAAAAAGAUAAUGACAUAGGAUGUCCCACUAUAGGCCAAGAGAACAUACAGGCAGCUGUGAGUUGCUUCGGUCAUUCCAUGGCCAGAUGCAGCAAUCAACCGGGAUUCAAUACGAUUUCCGCGGGAUUGUCGGUGGAGCUGGCGCUAGCGUUGGGCCCGAGUCCCGCUGGUAUCCAACAGCUGCGCAAAGCAAUCGAUAUCUUUCCUACGUCAAAAGCUAUCAAUACCUUAGUGUCUUUUCACAUAAAACAGGGAGAUUACGUAGCUGCGCUACAGAUACUCAAUGAAUUUGUGGAAUUCGUAGAAGCUUGUGUCGUGGCUGGUGCCAGGGGAAACUACAAUGCUAUCCUACAUAGGUGCGAAGUGACGCGAGUACUUCUGCUACUCAUUCUUCAGCCAUCACCCCAGAGAUUGACACCGUCUCUCGCCCAGGUGCUCGAAAAGUACGCGUGGGCGGAAGAAAAUGUGAACAACGGUCUCAAUAUGAGCGAGGAUGAAUUAUUACUGCUGCAAUCCCUGGUAUUAGCGUGCCAAUCUCACGAUCAUCAAGCAGUGUUGGAGCUCGAGAGCGAGCUAUAUCCUUACUUUGAUACGGAGCAAAAGGAACUGCUGCAUAAAUUGAUACAAGUAGUGUCGACGCAGUAAAAUAUACAAUAAUACUACGAA